GGUUCCGGGUCCCCGGCUCGCUCCCCGCCCCUGCCCCGAACCCUGGGCGACCCCUACGCCGGGCCUGUCGGCACCCCGAGCGAAGAUGGCGGCGGCCGACGCGGCGUCGGCGGAGCUGGUGAUCGGCUGGUGCAUAUUCGGCCUCUUGCUUCUGGCUAUUUUGGUAUUCUGCUGGGUAUAUGUUCGUAAAUAUCAGAGUCAGCGGGAAAGUGAGGUCGUCUCCACUAUAACGGCCAUCUUUUCACUGGCAAUUGCACUUAUUACGUCAGCACUUCUCCCCGUGGAUAUAUUUUUGGUUUCUUACAUGAAAAAUCAAAAUGGUACUUUUAAGGACUGGGCUAAUGCUAAUGUCAGCAGGCAGAUCGAGGACACUGUACUGUAUGGUUACUAUACCUUAUAUUCUGUGAUACUGUUCUGUGUGUUCUUCUGGAUCCCUUUUGUCUACUUCUAUUACGAAGAGAAGGAUGAUGACGAUACUAAUAAAUGCACUCAAAUUAAAACGGCAUUCAAGUACACAUUGGGAUUUGCUGUGAUUUGUGCACUUCUUCUCUUAGUUGGUGCCUUUGUUCCAUUGAAUCUUCCCAGUAACAAAAACUCUACUGAGUGGGAAAAAGUGAAAUUUCUGUUUGAAGAACUGGGAAGUAGUCAUGGUUUAGCUGCACUGUCAUUUUCCAUUAGUUCUCUGACUUUGAUUGGAAUGUUGGCAGCCAUAACUUACACAGCCUAUGGCAUGUCAGCAUUACCUUUGAAUCUGAUAAAAGGAAGGAGAAGUGCCACUUAUGAACGCUUGGAGAACACGGAAGACAUUGAAGAAGUGGAGCAGCACAUUCAGACCAUUAAAUCUAAAAGCAAAGAUGGCCGACCUUUGCCAGCAAGGGAUAAACGUGCCUUAAAGCAAUUUGAAGAAAGAUUACGAACACUUAGGAAAAGAGAGAGGCACUUAGAAUUCAUUGAAAACAGCUGGUGGACGAAAUUUUGUGGUGUUCUGCGUCCCUUGAAGAUCAUUUGGGGAGUAUUUUUCAUCUUAGUUGCAUUGCUGUUUGUAAUUUCUCUUUUCCUGUCAAAUUUAGAUAAAGCUCUUCAUUCAGCUGGAAUAGAUUCUGGGUUCAUAAUUUUUGGAGCUAACCUGAGUAAUCCACUGAAUAUGCUUUUGCCUGUGUUACAAACAGUUUUCCCACUUGAUUAUAUUCUCAUAACAAUUAUUAUUAUGUACUUUAUAUUUACUUCAAUGGCAGGAAUACGAAAUAUUGGCAUAUGGUUUUUUUGGAUUAGAUUGUAUAAGAUCAGAAGAGGAAGGACCAGGCCUCAAGCUCUUUUGUUUCUCUGCAUGAUACUCCUGCUCAUUGUCCUUCAUACCAGCUACAUGAUUUAUAGCCUUGCUCCCCAGUAUGUUAUGUAUGGAAGCCAAAAUUACUUAAUAGAGAGUAAUAUAACAUCUGAUAGCCGUAAAGGCAAUUCAACCUUUUCUGUGCCAAAGAGAUGUGAUGCAAAUGCCCCGGAAGAUCAGUGUAUUGUUACACGGACUUACCUCUUCCUUCACAAGUUCUGGUUCUUCAGUGCUGCUUACUAUUUUGGGAACUGGGCCUUUCUUGGGGUAUUCUUGAUUGGAUUAAUUGUAUCCUGCUGUAAAGGGAAGAAGUCAGUUAUUGAAGGAGUAGAUGAAGAUUCUGACUUAAGUGAUGAUGAGCCCCCUGCCUAUUCCGUGUGACAGCCCUCUGUCCAACAAGACCAGUGAAGCUGACUAUCUGUUAAGCAUUUUCAAAGUAACAUUAGGAUGAACUAUUGAGCUUUCAUCAAAAGUGGAAGCAUGGCCAUUAAAAAGAACUAUAUUUUUUAUGUUUUCUGAGGUAACAUUAUUGUAUCAUAGAUUAACAUUUAAAAUUUCUUUAAUAAUAUUGUAUAAAUAUAAUAAUGUCAGUUUUGUGAGGGAAUGUUUAUAGAAAAUUUUCCCUAAAUGUAUAAUAGUGUUAAAUUGAUUAAAA